AUGACUAUUUCUUUGAAAAACACUGUUCUUUGGAAUCCAUCAUCUGAUGUUAGUAUGUAUGCAUUUCAUGAAAAUGCAGUCCAAUUGUUAUCUAAAUUGACACACCUGUAUGACAUCUAUGUCAUCAUACACGUCUCCUCAGAUGAAGAGCGACAAGUUAUUCAGUCAUUAUUAGAAAAUGCUCAACUGUUUACAGAAAAGAAAGAAUCAACGCUAGAUAGCCGAAAAGUGCUGUUUUGCUCAGAGGAAGAAGGAAAGAUGCACAUUAUUCGCCAUAUUGAACCCUCUGUUCAUAUCGAAGGCGGUUGGGAAAGAGAUGAUGGCGAAGACAUUGUUAAAAGGUUAAAGCCAUUUGUAAACAGAAUUGUCUGGGUUGUUACAAGGAGAAGAAGAGACUCGUUCAGGCCAGAAAAUGUAAAGGAAGAAGAUCAAGCUAUACUGGGCCAUAAUAUCGAAGUAUCAGAAAAAUUAAUUGACACUUCAGUGGCCCGUGAAGUAAUGCAGCAUGAUUAA